CUACAGCACCGAUGUCAUGUGACUCAUUAAGACAGAGCGACUAAUUAAGUCAAAGCACAUGUUGGAAGGAGGGAGGAGGCCGAAGGAGGGGUCUCACCUCACCGAGGGGAGGAGAAAGUAAGGAAAGUUGUGCAUGGAGAGGGAGGACUUCCAAUAUUUGGGGUCGUUUUUUUUUGUUUUUUUCCCCCCGUCCUUUUGUUCUGCUUACCAGAGAGGAUAAACUUAGUGUUUAUUCUGCUGCGUCUCAAAACUUUUGCUCUUUUUGCUGAAUCGGCCCUAAAUGUCCGCGACGUCCUAAUUAGGAGGAGCGGGAGGCGGCGUGAAAGAAGUGACCCCUUUUGAUGGCACGUGUGCGCGGCGCUGGCAUGGAAGGGAUGCUGGGGAUGACCGGCCUGAACUCAGCACGUGAGGCGUGCGCGCUGAUCCUCUUCUUCGCCGCGCUCCACACCUCAACAGCAGUCAAUCCCAUCGAUGUGCUGAAGGUCCUGGAGCUGUCGGAAAACAUGGAGGGCGUGUCGUUGGAGGCGGGGCUUUGCACGAGCAGGAUGGGCCGAGAAGAGACGGACCUCUCCUUUAAGAUCAACAAGAUCCAACUGAGCGCUCCCACCAAGCAGCUGUUCCCUGAUUCUCAAUUCCCAGUGGACUUCUCACUGAUGACAACAGUUCGGGCCGUGAAGGACUCGCAGGUCUUUCUGCUCUCCCUUUACGACCCCCAGGGUACGCAGCAGCUGGGCUUGGAGAUCGGCCGCUCCCCCGUGUUUCUGUACGAGGACCACGAGGGUCAGCCCGCCCCGGAACUGUACCCCACUUUUCGAAGGAUCAACCUGGCUGACGGCAAGUGGCACCGGGUGGCCUACGGGGUCAGGGGUCAGUCCGUCACGCUCUAUCUGGACUGCGUCAAGCUGGAGACCCUGCAGCUGCUCAGAGGUCGCGACCCGCACGUCAGCACCGAUGGCGUGACCGUGUUUGGAACGCGUCUGCUGGAAGAGGACGUCUUUGAGGGGGACAUCCAGCAGCUGCUUUUGGUGGAGGACCCCGCUGCGGCUGAGACCUACUGCCAGGACUUCAUCCCCGACUGCGACUCGGCAUUGCCUUAUGACAGCAUUCUGAUGGAUGCCGCCGUGGAGGAGGAGCGACCAGCAAAGAAACCCGUGGUGGAGGAGCCGGAAGAGUACGACUUCAGCGACCUCUAUGAGGACGUGCCGGUUUCCACGGUGACCCUCGGUCCCAAUGCCACCGACUACGAGAUGUUCGAGUACGAGGACUACGACAACUCCACCAACGACCACCUGGUGAACGAGUACGAGUACGAGGACGAAGACGUGGACGUGGACGAGCGCUACAGGCCGGCAGAGAGGGAGGGAGGAUACGGUCUGGGCACGCAGUAUGUGCCAGAGAAAGGUCAAAAAGGGGAGCCAGCUCUUUUGGGAGUGGGAACACAAAUAGUGGGACCAAUUGGGCCUUACGGAUCUCAGGGACCGGCGGGCCCUCCCGGAAUGACGGGGCCGGUAGGACCUCGAGGAGACCCCGGAGAAUUGGGACCCCCGGGGAGGCCCGGCCUGAACGGCGUUGACGGGAUACCGGGACCGCCGGGGAACGUCUUGGUCUUACCGUUUCGGGCGGGCGGGGAUCAAAAAUCCGGCGGCGUCUUUUCGGCUCAGGAGGCACAAGCUCAGGCGAUCCUGCAGCAGACCAAGCUGUCCAUGAAUGGUCCUCCUGGUCCGCUGGGCCUCAGAGGACGACCCGGUCCACUGGGCAACCCAGGUCCAUCAGGCCUGAAAGGGAACAGUGGAGAAAUGGGACCACCUGGUCCACCCGGAGCGAUGGGUAUGCCCGGACAGAAUGGCCGUCUCGGGAAAAGGGGUCGAGCGGGGGCGGACGGCGGGCGCGGCGCUAUCGGAGAGACGGGCGCAAAGGGGGACAGGGGAUUCGACGGCUUGCCCGGUCUACCCGGAAACCAAGGACAUAAAGGCGAGCGGGGGAAGCCAGGGCCGGUGGGAUCUGCAGGAGAGCUGGGAGAAAAGGGUGCUGAGGGGCCGCCUGGACCGAGAGGACAACCAGGGGAUGCUGGUUCAAGAGGUCUGAAUGGUCCCAGAGGUCGUCCGGGGCCCCCAGGACAGGCGGGCAUUCGGGGAAUCGAUGGGGUUCAAGGUUCCAAGGGAAACAUUGGGGCCCCUGGAGAUAUCGGAGCACCUGGACAGCAAGGCAACCCUGGAAUUCUGGGCUUCCCUGGUCCUCAGGGGUUAGUGGGGUUGCCUGGAGACAAGGGCCCUCAAGGGAAGAAAGGGAUGCAAGGCUUACCUGGAAUUGACGGACCUCCAGGCCACCCAGGAAGGGAAGGUACUCCAGGGGAAAAAGGUCUGCCGGGUCUCAUGGGCGUGCAGGGGCCAGUCGGAUACCCAGGACAAAGAGGAGUUAAGGGAGCAGAUGGAGUCCGCGGACUAAAGGGCAGCAAAGGUGAGAAGGGAGAGGACGGUUUCCCCGGCGCCAAGGGGGAGAUGGGAGGCAAAGGGGACGCCGGAGACAACGGCGCUUCCGGAGGACGCGGAGAGGACGGACCCGAGGGACCCAAAGGACAGAUGGGAGCUCAAGGAGAAGCGGGACCUCUGGGUGUUUCUGGAGAGAAGGGAAAACUGGGAGUGCCUGGACUGCCGGGAUAUCCUGGACGACUGGGACCAAAAGGCGGUGACGGCUUCCCUGGUUCAUUAGGACCGCCUGGAGAAAAAGGCAAAAAAGGUCCCUCAGGACCAGCAGGGAGCGGCGGCCAAAGGGGUCCAAACGGAGCACGAGGGGCCAGAGGGGCCAGGGGCCCUACAGGAAAAUCUGGAGAAAAGGGUGCGUCUGGACACGAUGGCCCUCCAGGAUCUUUGGGAGAGAGGGGACCACAAGGACCAACUGGAAGGAGUGGAGAGCCUGGACCGAAAGGAGCGACUGGUCCAGGCGGGAAAGAUGGUCUUCCAGGACACCCGGGUCAGAGAGGAGAGGCGGGAUUCCAAGGGAAGACGGGACCUCCAGGACCCUCUGGAGUGGUGGGGCCCCAGGGUAAAUCAGGCGAGCCCGGCCCCGCAGGGGACCGAGGCCACCCAGGGGCACCAGGUGUGCCCGGAGAGCACGGUUUGCCUGGAUCAGCUGGCAAGGAAGGCGGAAAGGGUGAUCCAGGUUUACCAGGAACAUCUGGGAAGAACGGCCCCCCAGGUCUGAAAGGCUUUAGGGGAACCAGAGGAGCUCCUGGAAUUAUGGGGCCUCCUGGUCUGAAAGGAGGUUCAGGACCUUCUGGAGCCUCAGGUGCCAUUGGGCCAACCGGCGAGCGAGGUCCUCCUGGGCCAGCUGGUGCCAUCGGACAGCCGGGACGCUCAGGAGCCAUUGGAGGACCCGGACCUAUGGGAGAGAAGGGCGAGCCUGGGGAAAAGGGUCCGAUUGGACCUUCGGGCCAGGAUGGAGAACAGGGACCAGGAGGGAUGCUUGGAGGUGCAGGUUCUCCAGGACCAGCAGGAGACGAUGGAGAUAAGGGCGAGCAAGGAGGACCAGGCCAGAAAGGCAGCAAAGGAGACAAAGGAGAAUCUGGUCCCCCAGGCCCCAUUGGCACACAGGGGCCCAUCGGACAGCCGGGACUUCCUGGUCUGGAUGGAGAAGUGGGACCCCGGGGCCAGCAGGGCAUGUACGGCCCGAAAGGAGACGAGGGACUCCGCGGUUUCAAGGGUUCAAGAGGACCGAUAGGUUUACAGGGUAUGCCCGGCCUCCCAGGGGAAAAGGGCGAGAGCGGAAAUGUUGGCCUGAUGGGUCCACCUGGACGACAAGGGCCUAAUGGCGCUCAAGGGCCAAUCGGGGGACAGGGGCCGACGGGUCGAACGGGCAUGAUAGGCCAGCCGGGCGUUGUUGGAGAAAAGGGGGAGGACGGCGAGGCAGGCGAUCCUGGUCCAGUCGGUCUUUCAGGCAAGAUGGGAGACAUGGGUGACCAAGGGGAGAAGGGAGACACCGGUCUCCCAGGAGCUGCCGGCCCUCCGGGUGCCCGGGGCACCGCAGGGGACGACGGAGCCAAGGGCAAUUCUGGUACCAUUGGUGUGACCGGGGACAUUGGGCAACAAGGCGAAGCUGGACCCAAUGGUGUGGACGGUCUUCCCGGGACCAAAGGAGACACAGGAGACCCUGGCAAAUCUGGACCACCAGGAGCAACAGGAGAACCUGGACCACCCGGACCUCCUGGGAGACGGGGACACUUGGGCAAAGUGGGCAAAGGAGGAACAGACGGCCUAAAAGGAGCAAAGGGCGCUGCUGGAUUGGAGGGUCCCAUCGGGAAAACGGGGCCAGUCGGUCGUCAGGGGCACUCUGGGAAGCCUGGUCCACAAGGUCUGAGAGGGAUUCCGGGUCCUGCUGGUGAGCAGGGCUUAAAUGGACCACCCGGCCAGACCGGGCCACCGGGUCCUAUGGGUCCCCCGGGCCUAGUAGGACUGAAGGGAGACCACGGCAAGAAGGGGGACAAGGGUCAUGGCGGACUCAUAGGUUUGAUCGGGCCACCUGGGGACAUCGGCGAGAAGGGCGACCGAGGACUACCGGGGAACGAAGGGCUGCCGGGUUCAAAAGGGGACGAGGGUCCCGUAGGGCCCUCAGGUUCCCCUGGCCCCCCUGGUCCAACUGGUCUAUCCGGGGUUAUUGGAAUAAAAGGUUCCAAAGGAAAUCCAGGUCCAACAGGUCCCAUAGGGGACAACGGACCCGUGGGCCCUCCAGGACCACCAGGGUUGCCGGCGGUGGGCUCGGCCCCCAUGUUGGAGCGAGGGUGGCGCAGUAGGAGCGAGGUCUUUGACGGCACCUUGCUGGAGGGAGAGGAGGACGCGGAUGACGGGCAGGACGAGUGGUUCCAGGGGGAUCAGGCAGACCCGGUCGUGUGGCUGAAUGAUGAGGAGGGGAAGGGCAUGGAGGAGGUGUUUGCCUCGCUGUCCUCCAUGAAGGUGGAGGUGGAGGGUCUGCGCACCCCGCAGGGCACCUACCUAAGCCCCGCACGCUCCUGCAAGGAGCUCUGGCUCCUCAAUCCGGAACUUUCUAACGGUGAGUUCUGGAUUGAUCCCAACCAGGGCUGCCAUCGGGACUCCUUCAAGGUGUUCUGCAACUUCACCGCCCAGGGCGAGACGUGUCUGUACCCGGAUAAAAAGUUCCAGUCGGUGAAGCUGGCCGCCUGGAAAGGAGAGCAGCCUGGCACCUGGUACAGUAAAUUCAGGAAAGGAAAAGAGUUUUCCUACUCGGGCUCGGACGGCGUCCCCGUCCACGUGGUCCAGCUGAACUUCCUGAAGCUGCUGAGCGUGAGCGCCAAGCAGACCUUCACCUACCACUGCCUCAACUCGGUCGCCUGGCGGCACACCGCCACCGAGGGGCACCAGCUGGCGCUGCGUUUCCGAGGCAGCAACGGCGAGGAGCUGACGCACCAGACCACGCAUUACAUCAGCGCGCUGUACGACGGCUGUCAGACUCGCUCGGGACAGGAGAGGACGGUGCUGGAAAUAAACGCCCCUCUGUCCGACACGCUCCCCAUCAUGGACGUGGCGGUGGCCGAUUUCGGCGACGGGGGCCAGAAGUUCGGCUUCCAGGUGGGGCCGGUCUGCUACGGCGGUUAAGCGCUCGUUGGAGGAGGACUGGCGUUGGACAAAAGAGCGCAAGGGACUCUUUUUAACGUGCAGGGAAAAAAAACAGAAAAAAAACGACUUGCCUCAUAUUUAUACGUAUUGAUUUGUUUCUGUCGUUUACACACUGACGCACUCGUCAUCCUUCUGCUUCCUCUCGUUCAUGCAUGCACUUCGCCCGCCACAUUCCGACACUUGAACGGGCGCCGUUGUUAGCUUUUGCCAGUUUGUUGUUGUGUAUUGUCAACAUCAUGGUGCUAAAGUGUGUCUCUAUGCACAGGUCUUGUCUUUGGAAAUGGGGAAACUGGGGCAGUGCAUAUAUAUAUAUAUAUAUAUAUAUAUAUAUAUAUAUAUAUAUAUAUAUAUAUAUAUAUAUAUAUAUAUAUAUAUAUGGAGAUGUUUUAUAUUUUCAAUCAUUGUCUUUACAUGAGCAAGUGUCUUUCUUGUAGAACUCCCCCCCCUCGCCGUUUAUACAGUUGAACAAAAGCCGAAUGAUGUCAUAUUUGGAAUAGAUUAUUUGUACAGGAGAGCGAACUGUUACUGCACUGAGCAUCACCCUCAUGUAUUUGGAGCGAGACAAUAAAUGAGUCCAAUGAA